AUGGAAACUCCAUCUUCGGGCACAGCGACGCCCGUCGAUCUGGAAAAUGGACAAGACCAGAUUCGGAAACGCUUGACAGUGACUUUCCGAGAUCUCAAUGUUCGAGUCACAGCACCAGAUGCCGCAUUAGGAAGUACGCUGUGGUCAGAAGUCGAUCCACGACAGAUCGGAAGCUUAAUUAAGCGUGGAAAUCGGCCCAAAAGAACAAUUCUCAAAGAUCUCGCUGGUCAAAUUAGACCUGGAGAAAUGCUUCUUGUUUUGGGACGUCCAGGCUCCGGAUGUACAUCCCUUCUACGCGUCCUCGCAAAUGAUCGUGAUAGCUUCGACGAAGUAUCUGGAACUACCAACUACGGCGCCAUGGACCACAAAGAAGCCAAACGCUAUCGGCAGCAGAUCAUGUUCAACAAUGAAGACGAUCUUCAUUUUGCAACGCUAUCUGUGAACCGAACAAUCAAAUUUGCUCUCCGCAACAAAGUUCCCAGUGAACGCCCUGAACAAUUGAAAAACCGAAAGGACUUCGUCCAAGACCAUCGUGAUGGUAUUCUGGAUUCCCUCGGAAUCAGUCAUACAAAGAAGACCAUGGUCGGUAACGAGUUCAUUCGGGGUGUUUCUGGUGGUGAGCGCAAGCGUGUCUCGUUGGCCGAAGUCAUGGCAGGACAGAGUCCUGUUCAGAUGUGGGACAACCCGACUCGAGGCUUAGAUUCCAAAUCAGCUGUGGAAUUUGCUCGAAUGCUCCGUCGUGAAGCCGAUAGGAACGACAAGACUAUCAUCACCACCACCUAUCAAGCUGGAAACGGGAUUUAUGACCAGUUCGACAAGGUUUUGGUGUUGGCCGAAGGUCGGGUCACUUACUAUGGUCCUCGCCGUCUCGCUCGAAAAUACUACGAAGAUCUCGGAUUUAUUUGCCCCAAGGGCGCCAAUAUCGCCGACUUCCUCACUUCAGUGACCGUCUUGACUGAGCGCACAGUGCGACCCGGCUGGGAAGAGAAAGUGCCAAACACCCCAGAGGAUUUCGAGUCCUGCUAUCACAACAGCACCGUUUACAGAGAACAGCUCGAUUCUAUUGUCCCUCCCGAGAAACUCGCUUAUGAGACCGAAGAUAUGGAGAUGGCGGUGGCUAGCGAAAAGGGAAAGCAACAUAUUCCACGCAAGACAAGUCCUUACACAGCCAGCUUGUGGUCUCAGAUCGGAGCUUGCACGACUCGACAGUUCCAAAUUAUGUGGGGAGACAAAUUCUCUCUGAUGGUUAAGGUCUCCUCGGCGAUUAUCCAAGCUCUUGUGUGUGGUAGUUUGUUCUACAACCUGAAAGACGACAGCAGCUCCAUCUUCUUGCGUCCUGGAGUGUUAUUCUUCCCUGUCCUCUACUUCUUGCUUGAAUCGCUGUCUGAAACAGUAGGGUCAUACAUGGGCAGGCCGAUUCUAUCACGUCAAAAGCGAUUUGGAUUCUAUCGCCCUACAGCCUUCGCCAUCGCCAACGCUAUAACUGAUAUCCCAGUUGUGGUGGUCCAAGUUACCUGUUUCUCACUAAUCCUCUACUUCAUGGCUGCCCUGCAGAUGGAUGCCGGAAGGUUCUUCACCUUCUGGAUCAUCGUCAUCAUACUGACACUGUGUUUUGUUCAACUUUUCCGAUCAGUGGGUGCUGUAUGCAAAACCUUCGGAAAUGCGUCCAAGAUCUCCGGUUUGCUUUCCACUGUCUUCUUUGUCUAUGGAGGUUACCUUAUUCCAUUCCAUAAGAUGCACGUCUGGUUCCGAUGGAUCUUCUAUCUUAAUCCUGGUGCAUAUGCAUUUGAGGCUUUGAUGGCGAACGAAUUCGUUGGCAGAAGCUUGAAGUGUAUUGAGCCUGACUACAUUCCAUAUGGAGCUGGAUACUCCAGCUCCGCAUCUUCGCAUCGUGGAUGCUCGGUACUUGGAAGUGACGACCAAGGCAUGAUCGAUGGAGCGAAAUACAUCAAGGAACAGUACAGUUACUCCUACCACCAUGUCUGGAGAAGCUUCGGAAUUCUUGCUGGAUUCUGGAUUUUCUUCAUCUUCUUGACAUCCGUUGGCCUUGAACUGCGAAACAGCCAAAGCGGCUCUUCUGUUCUACUUUACAAGCGUGGUAGCGAGAAGAAGAAAGAGACCGAGGCCUCACAGUCACGAGAACUAGCAGACCCAAGUGCUCUCUUGGGAUCUGUCAAGCAAUCAACCUUCACUUGGAAGGAUCUUGACUACCAUGUGCCCUUCCACGGUGAAAAGAAGCAACUUCUCAACAAGGUCUUUGGAUUUGUUCAACCUGGAAACUUGGUCGCCUUGAUGGGAGCCUCCGGAGCUGGUAAAACAACACUCUUGGAUGUACUGGCACAGCGAAAGGAUAGUGGAGAGAUUGUUGGCUCAGUUUUGAUUGACGGUCGACCUGUCGGAAUCAGUUUCCAGCGAACUACAGGAUACUGUGAGCAGAUGGAUGUCCACCUCGAAACCGCUACUGUCCAGGAAGCUCUUCGUUUCUCGGCCAUUCUUCGACAACCAUCCGGCGUGUCAUAUGAAGAGAAGAUUGCCUAUGUUGACCACAUUAUUGACCUUUUGGAACUGAGAGAUAUCAGUGAUGCUCUCAUCGGAGUCCCCGGUGCUGGUCUUAGUAUUGAGCAGCGGAAGCGUGUUACGCUUGGUGUCGAACUUGUCGCAAAGCCUACAUUGUUGUUCUUGGAUGAGCCAACUUCGGGUCUUGAUGGACAAAGUGCGUUCAACAUUUUGCGUUUCCUCCGACGAUUGGUCGAUGGAGGACAAGCUGUUCUGUGCACUAUUCAUCAACCUUCUGCGGUGCUAUUCGAUGCCUUCGAUGGCCUUCUUUUGCUGGCCAAGGGUGGAAAAAUGGCGUACUUUGGAGAAACAGGCAAAGAAUCUCACAAAAUUCUCGAGUACUUCGACAAAAACGGAGCGCCAUGCCCCCCGGACGCCAACCCUGCAGAACAUAUCAUCGAUGUCAUCCAAGGAGGUUCCACUGGCAAAACGGACUGGGUCGACGUUUGGAACCACUCAGAGGAGCGCGAAAAGGCUCUCGCCCAGUUGGACGCGCUCAAUGAGUCCAGCAAGGCUGGUGCAGAUUAUGUUGAAGAUACGUCUGACUAUGCCACUUCUCACUGGUUCCAGUUUAUGGAAGUCUCCAAGCGCCUUAGUGUUCAUAUCUGGCGGUCACCGGAUUACAUGUGGAACAAGAUCAUUCUUCACAUUUUUGCCGCACUUUUCAGUGGUUUCACAUUCUGGAAAAUUGGUAAUGGCACCUUCGCACUUCAGCUCAGACUCUUUGCCAUUUUCAACUUCAUUUUCGUCGCCCCUGGAUGUAUUAACCAGAUGCAACCGUUCUUCCUGCACAACCGAGACAUCUUUGAAACUAGAGAGAAGAAGUCUAAAACCUACAGUUGGAUUGCUUUCAUUGGAGCGCAGACUAUCACUGAGAUUCCUUACCUGAUUAUCUGUGCCACGCUAUACUUCCUAUGCUGGUACUUCACCGCAGGAUUCCCCGCAACACCGAGUGUUUCCGGUCAAAUUUAUCUUCAAAUGAUCUUCUAUGAGUUCCUUUAUACCUCGAUUGGACAGGCUAUUGCAGCCUAUGCGCCAAAUGAGUACUUCGCCGCCGUCAUGAACCCAGUUCUCAUUGGAGCUGGUCUUGUCAGUUUCUGUGGUGUGGUCGUCCCAUACUCAGCUAUGCAGCCAUUCUGGCGCUUCUGGAUGUACUACCUGGACCCCUUCACCUAUCUGGUUGGUGGACUGUUUGGUCCAGUGAUCUGGGACGUCAAGGUCAAAUGCGAGGCUUCAGAGUUUGUGAAAUUCACUGCUCCUUCUGGGCAGACUUGUGGUGACUACAUGGCCGAUUUCCUCGCAACCCAGACUGGCUACCUGCUCGACGCAAACUCCACCGGAUCAUGUUCAUUCUGUCAAUACUCCCAGGGCGCUGAUUACGCGAAAACAUUCAACAUCCGGGAGAAAUACUAUACCUGGAGAGAUAUUGGCAUUACAGCCCUUUUCUGCCUGUCUUCUUAUGCCUUGGUCUUCUUGAUGAUGAAGCUCAGAAGUAAAAAGACGAAAAGCGCACGCUCUGAAUAA